AUGCUAUCUGGGCCCGUGCGGGUGCAGCCAGAGAUCAGGUAUGUUGCCGAAGUCGUGGUUUUGGUCACCACACUUGGUGCCAAGCGUGUGGAGUACAACGCGGGUAAACGUGCGAGGGACCUUCUUGAGAUCAAGGGCGUCCACCACAAAGUCAUCGAUUUCAACCGCGAUGCGAGACAAGCUGGGACUGGAGAUGCCGAGAACAAGGCAAUCCAGAAGUUGAUGGAAGACAGGAGGCUUCAGACCGGUGGCAACAACGACCUGAUCCUUCCGCAGGUCUUCAUUGAUGGCAACUACGUGGGCAAUGCUUCAGACCUACAGGGCCUGGAGGAUGAUGACCUGCUGGAGAACAUCCUUCUCCGUAGAGUGUGCGUGAGAUGCGGCUCAACGAGAAGGACCCCCGACAUGACCCAGUGCCCGAUGCCGGCUUGCGGGGCCAGCUAUCAGGAGAUCUUGCCAGGCGAGAUGACCAUAAGUCAGGCCCUGCAGGAGUUAGCACACCACGAUGAUGAUUUCGACGAUGAGUACUACGAAGAUGGCGAAGAAGAAUUUGCGGAGGAGGAUGACGUCAUGCCGACUGUCACCAAGUCCUUCACCGAGUUUCCUGAAGAGCGACGUGCUCGCAUGGCCGGAUAUGGCGGUGGUGCUGCCGCUGGAGCUCCGGACAGGUUGGGCCAAAGCCAAGGUCUGCCGAUGCAAGCGACCCAGCUGCCGCUGGAUCCUGCGCUGCAGGAGACAGCAAGGUUUGCGCUGGGAGAGCAGGUGCAGUACUGGAGCGAUUCAAAGAAUCGCUGGAUGGAUGCUGUUGUGGAGGGCAUCCGGCUCAAGGAGGGCAGCGUUGUUUACGACCU